AUGCCAUCCACCCAGAACAUCCUCGCGAGUCUUCCACUCGCCCCUCCAGAAUCCAUCUUCCAGCUCGCAGCUGCUUACAAGGCCGAUCAAUUCCAGGAGAAAGUCGAUCUUGGUGUCGGAGCUUACCGGGUCGACUGUGGCAAGCGAUGGGUCCUACCGGUAGUCAAGACGAGGGAGUUCUCAGAAGACGAAAUUCUCGACCGCGAGUACCAACCUAUCACGGCCUGA